GCAUCUGACAGAAGGUUUAUUUGUUUUUUUCUUCUUCUGAUUCUUCUUCUUCUCUCACUCAAUCAUCGAGACGGCUCCUUUUUCUUUGGGAUAUUCGUAGGAAAAUGACCGGGACAGCGCACGAAACCGCAGAGAAGGACGAAGCGUGGGCUAUUGUGCACGAUGUUGCCGGGGACAUCGACCCUGUCGUUGAGAAGCGAGUGUUGAGGAAGAUUGAUCUCUUUCUGAUGCCUGCCAUGAUGAUCGGGUAUGGGAUCGUCUACUGGGACAAGGCCAUUCUCGGCAGUGCUUCUCUCUUUGGCAUGACGACCGACCUCCAUCUGUCGGUAGUCGACUACUCCACCACGCCAGCCACGACGGACACGUCGCGCUUGAGCUGGGCGACCUCGCUGUUCUAUUUUGGCAUGAUGGCGGGAAUGUACCCGAUGACGUUCCUCCUGCAGCGGUUCCAGCUGCGCCUCGUGUUCGGCCCCGUCGUGAUGCUGUGGGCGGUCAUUUGUGCGGCCACGGCGGGCGUGUCCACCUGGCAGGGCUUGUACGUGCAGCGCUUCUUCCUCGGCUUCGUCGAGAGCGUCAUCCCCAGCGGCUUCAUGACCGUCGUCAGCGGCUACUAUACCCAGCAGGAACAGUCUCUGCGGCAGGCCUGGUGGUUCUCGGGAACGGGCUGGUUCACCAUCAUCGGCAGCGCGCUCAACUAUGCCUUUGCCCACAUUCCCUCCGCUUCCCUGACGCGCUGGCAGUGCAUCUACCUCUUCGCCAGCGCGUUGACCUUCAUCUUCGGCCUGUGGUGCUUUGCCAUGCCGAAUUCCCCGGUGUCUGCCUGGUUCCUGACUGCCGAGGAGAGGGUCGUCGCCGUGGAACGCUUGCGUAAGGGCCAGACGGGCGUGCGGUGCCAGAGGAUCAAGAUGGAGCAGAUCAAGGAGUGCGCGACUGAUCCGAAACUAUACCUCAUCUUUUUGAUGAUGGCGUCUGCGUACGCCAUCAACGGUGCCGUCACAGGAUUCGGCCCUCUGAUCGUUUCGACCUUUGGUUACGACACGCUCGACUCCAUCCUGUUCCAGUUUCCCGUGGGAGCUGUCUCGCUGAUCUUCAUCCCACUGUGUGGAUAUCUCACGACUCGGAUCCCGAACAUCCGCAUCCCACUGCUCAUUCUGUGCUGUCUGCCCGUCAUCGCUGGCUGUGCGAUGAUCUGGAAAUCCAGCUGGGCAUAUCACGCCGCUGCCCCCGUUGUGGGCUACGCGCUCAUCGGUUUCUUUGGGCCGGUCGUGAGCCUGGUCAUCACGCUGGGAGCCAGCAACGUCGCCGGUGCAACCAAGAAGACCGUCAUGGCAGCCACUGUGUUCGUUGCCUACACGGUAGGCAACAUCAUCGGACCGCAGUUGGUGAAGAGCGAGACCAAGGCCCAGCAUUAUCCGGAGUUGUGGAAAGGGAUGAUCAUAUGUUACUGUAUCACCAUCACUUGCGCGACGCUUCUGUAUAUCCAUCUGAGGCGCGAAAACCGGCGUCGCGAUGCGAUGGAUCUCGACGAAAGCCUGAGGGACAAAAUUGCCUUUGACGAUUUGACCGACGGGGAAAACCUAUUCUUUCGAUACGUGAUGUAGGGGGAG